CCCAUGAACACAAAUUAAGCUUCAGGAAGAGCAAGGAAGUGUGUUUAAGUUACAUUCAGGAUGCCAUGCUACAAAAGCAGUGGGAAAGGGCUGCGGAGUUUCUGACCUUCUAUACUGAGUCAGUAGAGAAAGACUUUUCUAGAGAUUACAUGGGUCCAUCAGAGAUAAUUUGGAGAAUAGGAACUGAGAUUCUGUGCCAUCAUUCCCAGGGCAGCAUCAAAGAGUUGAACUCUUUCAUAGAACUGAUGAAAACUUCAGGAAUAAAAAGGUAUUUGAAGGUUUGUUUAGAGCACGUCUUUCAUCUCCUCUGUAACGGACUAAUAGACGAAGCUUACCAGAACCUGUGCCUGGCAGAAAGCUGGAGGCAUGGAGAGCAAACAGUCAUUCAGGAUAAGGAAAUGAAACUGAUUCAGGCUUACAGGGGGCUGCUGGACUACUGUAGCUGGGCUAAGCAGAAGAACAUCCUGUUAGAGCAUGGUAAGGAUGGAUUGGAAGACAUGUCUGUUGAACAGGAAAUGCACAGUUGCUUUCGGAAGGCAGCAGUGAACUUAAAGGAGAUAAUGAAAAUACCUGGAGUCUGGGAUGUCUUUGUGAAAUGCUUAGUGGAUUUGUUGGAGUUCUAUGGAGACCAUGCAGAGGCCCGCCAAGUAUUAAAUGAUUAUGCCUACAACUCAAAGUUCCCUGCUAAUCCCAAUGCUCAUGUUUACCUCUACCAGUUCCUGAAGAGACAUGGUGAAUCAAAGAAAUCGCUCAUAUCUGCACUUAAGGUCUUGCAUGAUACUGUUCCUUCUCAUGAACUAAUGAUAGAUUUUAGUACCAUGCUUCAAAAAUCAAAGAAAAGAAAAAAACGUCGACUGGGGCUAGAAGUUAUUUUUGGAGUCUUGGAUUAUGCUGGCUGGAAGGAAAAUGUAAAAGCAUGGAGCUGUUUGGCAAGACAGAUGAAACAAAUUGUACUCUCUGAGAAGCAUGUUGACUGGAUCAAGCAAGAGUGGAACUCCAGAAAGGACUGGUGGCCAGCCUUCCAUUUUAGCCGUUACUUGGCAAAAAGGAAUUGGCAGGAAAAUGAAAGCCUUUCGUAUGAAAAAGCUCUGGUGGCUGGAAUCUUACUGGGAAAGGAUUGCAAGUACUUUAAAUCUGUGUCCCACCAAGGCUGCAAAGCUCAGGUGAAAAGGUUUCGGAUACUGAAGAAAUUUGUGAAUAAGCACAGGCCUGUUUACCUGAGGAUAGCUGGCCUUCCAGAUUCCUCUGUACAACCUUGACCAGAAGGCGUCCUUAAGGUUCUUGCUGUAUUCUUUUUUCUCUGAAACAGACUUCUCUGUCAAUGCUAUUCUAAAACUUCUAGGUGGCCCCUUCAACUCAACACUGGAUUUUUCUAUACAUUUCUGUAAAAACACUUUGGUUUGUAUUUAUUUUAUAAUAAAACUAAUAUAAAUCAAC